GGGUCGUCGGUUGGCGCAAGGUGGCGGGGUGGCGUGUUAUGUUUGGGCCGAUAGCGUGCGUUGUCAAGGCGAUGCGGGCGAUACAGCGGGCGUUGCCGUGUGUUGCGGUGUAGUGAGGCGAAGGAGCAGGAGCACAGAUAACCCCUGGGAGUGAAUUGAGGAGACGAGGUGGAACUGACUCCCGAAGAAAUAAACUCCUUGCGCGAAGAAAUGAAUUCUCCGCGUGAAGAAAUCAACUCCCUGGGUGAAGAAAUCAACUCCCUGCGUGACGAAAUGAACUCUCCGCGUGAAGAAAUCAACUCUCUGCAUGAAGAAAUGAACUCUUCGCGUGAAGAAAUCGACUCCGCGCGUGAAGAAAUCGACUCCGCGCGUGAAGAAAUCGACUCCGCGCGUGAAGAAAUCGACUCCGCGCGUGAAGAAAUGGAGGCUGUGCGUGAACUAAUGGCUGAACUGAGAAGAGAAAUAGAUGCUCUAAAGGAGGAGAUGACAAGCGCUCAGGAGGAGAACGUCGAGGUGCGCUGUGAGGUGGCGCGCCUGCGCCAGGCGCUGGUGGAGGAGCGCGCCGCUCGCCAGGACGCCGUGGAGGAUCUGCGACGGGAGAUCCGCCUAGGAUCGGCGCCUUCCGGCCGCUCCCAGGGUGACGGCGAGGAGGAGCUGGCGCCACUGAAGGACGACACGUGUGACAAGGGUGACGCCAUCAGCGACUGUGACGUCAUAACCCCAUCUGCGGAGGAGGCGCGGCCGGCAGGCGGUAGCUUGAAGACGCCUGUGCCUAACAUCUACCACCUGGACGCCGAGCUGCUGAAGAUGGUGCUGAGCAAGAUGGACUGCAGGGAGAUGUUCCGCGCCAGGCGGGUCAGCCGUCGGUGGCGGUCCGCCGUCGACGAUAUCGUCAGCGACUGUCGGCGGGAGCUAACCGAUCAGCAAACCGGCGGUGGAGAGGUCCCGGCGCCGGCCACGAGCCUGGAGCUCGUGUUGAAGGUGCAGGACCAGCCGGGGAUGACCGAACUGCAGGCGCCGACCGCUGAGACGGACACCGACCUCCGACUGGUCGCGGCCACCUGCCACGCCCUGGAGAAGGCCAACCUGUGCGGCUUCAAGCUGCGGGUCUCUGCCCUGCGCCGGCUGGCGCGGGCCAACGCCUCCAGUCUGCGUGAGCUGACGCUGCCGGCCGGCAUCAGCGACUGGCAGCUGGAGGCGCUGCUGGAGCCGCUGAAGGAUCUCGAUCAUCUCGAUGUGAGCCCACCGGUGGACAGCUCCGGCAAGUGGCUGCGGCUGCUGCCAAAGUCGCUGACCAGACUGGACAUCACUGGCUCGGGAAGGACGCGGGCGCGGCUAAAUAACAAGCGGCUCUCGGACGGACUGUUUGUCGGCUUGCAGCUGGCGACCGACCCGCUGCUGGACCAGCUGCGGGCUGCUCUGGCCACCCGCACAGUUACCAAGCUGCUCAUAACUCGAUCACCGUCUGUCACACCGGAGGCGACCACACGCCUCCUGACUGCCCUGCCCAGCCUACAGUAUGUCAGUCCUCAGGGAGAGAGCGCCUUUUCCGGCACUGUGCUGGCCGCCCUCCACGGCUGCUCCGAGCUGGAUACGGUGCAGCUCAUAGACAACCGGCUCCUCACGGAUAUCCCAGCCCUGACCGAGUCAGAGGUGGCAGCGGUCAGCAGGAUGGCAGCGGCCUGCAGGAAACUGAAGAGAGUGGACGUAACUUCCUCCGUCGGUAACGUUCAGGCCGUCCUCUCCGCCCUGCGCAGCACGGACCUGAGACGUAACAGUGCAGGCCAGUCUCGCACGAUCCAUGUCUGGGUCCCCAGACUUGUGUACAUGCUGCUAAAAAGGCCUCGCAGCGACAGCAAAAUCACCGUGCACGCCCACUAGAAGCAUUGCUUCUCAGUGCUCGCCUGCUCUGCCGCCGGGGGCAGUACCGGAACUCGACAACAGAUGGCAGCACCGUGUCCCGCGGGCAGCGCUGUAUCGUACAAAAUGCGAACGUGUUUCUUUUUUUUCCAGCCAAGGGAAGACACUAUACCCAAGAUUGCCUCAUUAUAACCAAACCAAAACAAACUUAGCUUACCCUAAGGUAAAACAUACAAUCCUACAAACCUACAAACCCACGACCUACAACCUACAACCUACGAUAUUCUAACACAGAACCUACAAACUUACACUCAUGUUCCGUCUUUUCAACCCAUCCGUCGUUUCCAUCCUCAGGAUACUGAAAUCCCUCUCCUUCACGCCGCAAUCCCUACUCCGGGCUGGACAGGCACCUUUAUCUCAUGCGGGCUGCUCCCUUAGGGCGCACCGCAGCUCCCAAGGAAUCACACCCGUAGCCGGGUGCAGUGAGAGCAUGUGAGAGCUUAGGGGAUGCUCGGCCUAUCCAUUCGGGACGGGCUCAGUCCCGGCGACUCACCAGGGUGCCUGCCCGGACCAAUGUCUCCCCCUAAUUCCUAUCAUUCGCCCGGCUCUGCAAUGGUCUUGUCUGACCGAAAGGGCCGAACCAAAAAAAAAAAAACAAAAAAAAACAACAACAACAAAACAAAAUAAACGAACAAACAAUCCUAAAACGUGCUGAAAAAAAUUGCGUGCGGCUGACUCCGGACCCGCGACCCAUGAUCUACGAGGUGGACUUCUAACUGCUAGACUACGCAGCUAGCUGUCAUGGCCGGCGGUGUAAGCCUGUUUUCAUUCACAAUGGAGUAUUUCCCGGGUAGUGCCUUCCCUUGGUUGGAAAAAAAGAAACACACAAAUGGCGUCGCAUCUCAACUUUUGUAGUAACAAGUGCUUGGAGCCACCCUGACCGGUCGGAUGGGUGCCGCCGCCUCAGACCGGUGUGUUUGAGCUCCCGUGGCUGAUCCUGUGAGCAGAAAUUGUAACGUCUGUUGACACUUCUUUAAUAGACAGUAGUUAUAUUCGGUAUCCGAGAUGUACCACGCUCGGGGCCACUGUCCAGCCGUCGGUAAACCGUUGUCACCGUGUCGUCGGUACCACCAUGGUGGCGUCACGUGUCGUGACGUGACGUCACGCCGUUAUGCUGUUGUGGUGCAGUUUCCGUUUAGACCAGAGAGUCGUUGGAGCUAGCCGGUCCAGGCGACGUCGGACCUCGCCGUCACUGUGUCGUUGGUCCGGUCUGCUGUGGUUCGUUUAGACCAGACCAGGCUCGGGAUAUCACGGGCUAUGAUAUCGCGAUGGAAAGAUACGAUCGGUGGCUCAGAGGGGUUCCUCAAGGAAGUCUUUUUGGAACUCUUGUUGUCAGUGCAUGUCAGGACCGAGGUGUUGAAUACACAACCUUUGCUGAAGUGGCCACCCCAA